CCGACUUAAAGCAGCGCGUUGUCCAGUGUUGAUGUGUCGCAGAUUUUAAAAAGUGAGAGAGGCAGGCAGCUGGAGUUUGGUGUGAAGGAAGCGCAGAGGCUCGGUGCACAAAACAAGUGUUCACACCGGGAGCGAACGGCGGCAGUGACACUUUGGCGGUGUUUACCUUCCUGUUUGACAGUUUUUUAUUUCUGCACUUCGACAGCAGAGGCACAGUUUGCCUCCUGUUUGGAGCGUGUGGAGAAGCGCGCGGGGAUGGAGCUGUCAUCAAUAGGAGAUCAAGUGUUUGCAGUUGAGUCAAUAACAAAGAAGAGAGUCAGAAAGGGUAAUGUGGAGUAUUUACUGAAAUGGCAGGGAUGGCCCCCAAAGUACAGCACUUGGGAACCAGAGGACAAUAUCUUGGACCCACGCCUGGUCCUGGCCUACGAAGAAAAUCAGGAGAAGAUCAGAGCUCUGGCCUAUCGCAGGAAAGGUCUCAGACCGAGGAGGCUCGUCCUGCGGAACAUCUUUGCCAUGGACCUCCGCAGUGCCCACAAGGUGGCAGAGAAGCCCCCGCCCCGCCUUCGUCUCUCCCUCACCCGCUCCAUGAGUACAGAUGUGGACCAGGGCGAGCGGGGCGGCAUGUACCGUCGCCCGCUCAGGAGGAGGAGCAAGCAGAGGAUGGCUAAACGAGGGCCAGAUGGACCUUCAAACAAACCCAUCCGUCCACUGAGGAAGAAGGAGGAGCCCAUGGAGGAGGACUGGUGCGACACCAGCGAAGAAGAGAAGCAGGAGUCUGAAAGCACCACCGAGGAGAGACGUGAAGACAGUUUAUACGGUCAGUCAGAGUGCAGCUCUCCACCUUUGCUAGAGCGACAGGACUUAGAGAUGGAGGUCGAGGAGAAGCUGGACGCCGACCUGACAGCAGUCAGCUCAGACACAUGGACUGACGGACCCGUCCGAGUGACAUCUGAAACAGGACAGAACCAAACGUUUGUGUGCAUCCAAUCAAAGGACAGUGCCUCAGUGCCUGUGGCCGGACAGGGAGAUGCGGUUACUGUGGGCAACAGGUCAGAUUGGGACAGAGGUGAGGAGGGGAGCGUGGAGCCAGGGUCGGAGUGUUCAAGAUUAGAGAGAAACAACACGACCUCGGUGAUAGUGAGCAUUCAGGGGAGCAGCGAGACGGCAGGUGCCGCUGCUGUCUGCUCUGCUCCUGAAACCAGGGACGAGGAGGUGAGAGGCGACAAUCAGAGCGUUACCACGACAACACCAGGCAGUCAGUCCGCUCCCGCUGCAGCAGAGCAUCCCGGGAAGGUUAUUGUGACUGACGUGACCAUCAACUCACUGACGGUGACUUUUAAAGAAGCCAUGGUGGCUGAAGGCUUCUUUAAGGGCUAUUGAACGAAGAGAGAGAGAGGUCGAAGUAAUCAUGGUUAGACCUGCCACUCAUUUUCUACAUGUAAAUAGUCGUUUAUGUACGAUAAUUCCACAUGUUUACAAAGCUACACUCAUUUCCUACUGAGUUCAAUGAAGACAUUAUUGCCUUUGAAUAAAAAAAUGAGUGGUAAUUUCAUCAUUGUGGCUCAUUUAUUAGCAUGAUAGGAAGCCUGAGGUCCAAAAAAUGUGCUCAAAUCAUGUGUUGCAAUACAGCAGAGUAAAUGGAUCGCAGUGGCAGGUUUCAUUCCCGGGGCCGCUGGCUUUACUGAGAGCGGGAGACAGAUGGCAAGGUAGCGGUCUAAAAACGUUUCUGUCCACAUUACUACUUCCAUGCAGCUACUUUUUCCAGUCGUCCUCAGUGCUUUCCAGCCAGACGUUGGUCUCACACUCAGAUCUGUUCUUGGGGCCCGUUUCAGUCGCUCCUCUUUCUUACGAAUAACGUUUUGUAAAGAUGUUGCUCUUUUUUUCAGUAUCCGCACAGAACUAACCGCAUGCCCUGUCAGUCUGUGCCACACAUGCACAAAGCCCUGUCCUGUGCUUUAUCGAGGAGGUUUAUUUCUGUCACAAAAGACAUAAAACGAAGAGAGAGAAUUAAUGCCUGCCGCUUAGAUGAAGUUCUGCAUUUCAAGGAGGAUGGAUGCACAAAAAGAAGUACACAGUUGUGUUUGCUGUCUGUCUGUCUUUUUACUUUACAAGUAUAAAAUGCUACCUGGUUCUAUUUUUGUAUUACCAAUUGAUAGUCCGCUCUUUUCAGUAGCCUUUGUGUGUUUCAAAAGAGGAGAUAUCAGUUUACACUGCUGCUGUCAACGCUGUGUAGGGUAAUGUACAAAUGGAAGCAAAUGUACGUUAGGCCAGACUGUAGUGAGCUAUUAUUUAUUGCAUGUCACAUGUAUAAGCUAAACUAACUUAUGUCACUUAAUGUGUGUGGAUCAGUGUCUAUCUGACAAAGAUGAUCUGUCUCUUCUCUCUAAAGACAAAUUUUUAUUUGACUGCAUUUCCAAUAAAUAUGUACUAAAAUAAA